AUGGUCGGCUGUAAUGAAGAGUCUGAGGAGGGAGACGCGAAAUCUUCGCCAAAUUCUCAUCUUUCGUGUUGCAUGCACAUAGAAGAAGGAAAGAAGAACAAAAACGUAGAUGAACACCUGGCCCUGGCAGUGCUCCACCACUGGGAGGAGAUACCAUCUGGUUGUAAGCUGGUACCAGAACAUGUGGAAACCAGGGCGCUGUUUAACCCUGAGAAACCAGGAAUUGAACAGGGUAAAAUAGAAUUAUGGGUGGAUCUGUUUCCCAUGGACAUGCCUGCGCCUGGUCCACCUGUUGAUGUGUCACCUAGGAAACCAAAAAGUUAUGAAUUACGCUGCAUAAUUUGGAACACAGAUGAAGUUGUGAUGGAAGAUGAUGAUUUUUUCACUGGAGAGAAGAUGAGUGACAUCUAUGUCAAAGGCUGGUUCAAGGGACCAGAUGACAACCAGUCUACAGAUAUACAUUACAGAUCUCUGACAGGAGAGGGCAACUUUAACUGGAGGUUCAUCUUCCCAUUUGAUUACUUGAUGGCUGAGGAGAAGAUUGUGAUAUCUCGUAAAGAAACCAUGUUCUCCUGGGAUGAGACAGAGACAAAGAUCCCAGCACGGCUAGAACUGCAAGUGUGGGAUGCUGAUCAUUUUUCUGCUGAUGAUUUCUUAGGUUCCCUGACUUUGGACCUUAACCACUUCCCUCGAGGUGCCAAAUCUGCCAAACAGUGCACGCUGGACAUGCUGAAGCCAGAUGCCCCUCAUAUGUCUAUUUUCAAGCACAAGAGAGUCAAAGGCUGGUGGCCAUUCACUGCUAAGUCAGCUGAGAAUGAUGAUCUAGAGAUAACAGGGAAGGUAGAAGCUGAGUUGCACCUAAUAACAGCAGAAGAGGCAGAGAAGCAUCCAGCUGGUCUAGGCAGAAGUGAACCAGAUCCUCUAGAAAAACCAAACCGCCCUGAUACAUCCUUCAUGUGGUUUAUGAAUCCCCUGAAAUCUCUCAAAUAUCUCGUCUGUGUCCAGUUUAAGUGGAUUAUCAUAAAACUCACCAUUCUUGUCCUCCUCAUCCUGUUCCUUGCCCUCUUCUUCUACAAUGCUCCUGGCUACACCGUCAAGAAGAUCAUGGGAGCCUAGCUGGACAUAGUUGUAGUUGUUGUGACUUUCUAGACGCCCAGACACCAGCUUUAUCUGGUUUCUGAACCCACUCAAGUCAAUCCGCUAUAUCCUGUGCAACACGUACAAGUGGCUC